GCUUCAGCUGCUUCCCCACAUUCCCAUGGAUGAUAUUAAACAAGUCUUGGAUUAUUUCUCUCUGACGACCCGGUUAAAGUUGGACAACGGUUACAAGUACUUCAGUGAAUGCUGCUUGUUUAAUUAUGAAGAUGUCCCCCUGGAGCAAAUGAAGCUUUAUGAAGGAUUGCUCUGGAGUGAACCAAUUGGAAGAAAGGCUUCAGUGCUUCAAGAAAGCUUCAUCUGCAUCUGCCCAUCACUACUGGAGCUGGAGAGCUGGACUGAAAGGAAGAGGACACGAUGGAGUUUGAGCAGCUACAGGACAAGCUAAGUGAAGCGUUGGUGCAGCUACCGCCUGAGCAGCUACAAAAGUGAUUGUCAAGAAGACACUGGACCUUUGGGCACUGGACCUUUGGACACGAGCAAUAUCAAAGAACACUUAAACCUUUGUCUUCUGGAGCUGGAUAGUGUCCCAACACUCCUCACACUUCUUUUAGGAGAGGAGAGGAGAGGACAGUUUGUCCACGAUGAAUGUCACCUCACUCUUCUCAUUCACCAGCCCUGCAGUCAAACGGCUGCUUGGAUGGAAGCAGGGAGACGAAGAAGAGAAGUGGGCAGAAAAAGCCGUUGAUGCUCUGGUUAAGAAACUGAAAAAGAAGAAGGGAGCCAUGGAGGAGCUGGAACGGGCUCUCAGCUGCCCCGGGCAGCCCAGUAACUGUGUGACAAUCCCUCGUUCACUGGAUGGACGGCUGCAGGUGUCCCACAGGAAAGGCCUGCCACAUGUUAUUUAUUGCCGGGUGUGGCGCUGGCCUGACCUGCAGUCCCACCAUGAACUGAAGGCGCUGGAGUGCUGCGAGUACCCCUUUGGCUCCAAGCAAAAGGAUGUGUGCAUCAACCCCUACCACUACAAACGGGUUGACAGCCCAGUGCUUCCUCCUGUCUUGGUUCCAAGGAACAGCGAGUUUAAUGCCAAGCACACAAUGCUUCCCCGAUUCCGCAACCCCCUGCAGCAAAACGAGCCACACAUGCCCCAGAAUGCCACCUUCCCAGAAUCCUUUGCGCAGGCCAACACUGUGCCAUUCCUUCAUUCUCCGGGAAAUAGCUACCCGAACUCACCCGGAAGUGGUAGCACUAUCACCUUCCCUCAUUCACCAUCUAGCUCUGAUCCUGGCAGCCCAUUCCAGAUGCCAGAGACUCCUCCACCCGCUUAUAUGCCUCCAGAGGAGCAGAUGACUCAGGAUUGCCCCCAACCGAUGGACACCAACCUCAUGGCUCCACCUUUGCCCCUAGAAAACAACAACCGAGCAGUGUCCUCUCCAGAUGUCCAACCUGUGGCCUAUGAAGAACCCAAGUACUGGUGCUCCAUUGUUUACUACGAGCUCAACAAUCGUGUAGGAGAAGCGUUCCAAGCGUCUUCCACCAGUGUCCUCGUCGAUGGCUUCACAGAUCCCUCCAACAACCGCAAUCGAUUUUGCCUCGGCCUGCUGUCCAAUGUGAACCGCAACUCCACCAUCGAGAACACCCGGCGGCACAUUGGCAAAGGUGUCCAUCUGUACUACGUUGGAGGAGAGGUGUACGCAGAAUGUCUAAGUGACAGCAGCAUAUUCGUCCAGAGUCGUAACUGUAACUACCAGCACGGAUUCCACCCCACAACUGUGUGCAAGAUUCCCAGCAGAUGCAGCUUGAAGAUCUUCAACAACCAGGAGUUCGCCGAGCUGCUGGCCCAGUCGGUCAACCAUGGCUUUGAGGCGGUUUACGAGCUCACUAAGAUGUGUACCAUCCGCAUGAGCUUUGUUAAGGGCUGGGGAGCAGAGUACCAUCGUCAGGAUGUGACCAGUACUCCCUGCUGGAUAGAGAUCCACCUGCAUGGUCCUCUACAAUGGUUGGAUAAGGUUCUAACCCAGAUGGGCUCCCCCCACAACCCUAUAUCCUCUGUCUCCUAGGCUUCUACGGCCCAAGCAAGUCCUCACUGUCCACACCCCAGCAUUUUUGACUAAGUAGCAAGAAUAGCAGCUAACCGGUCCCAAAGAAGUUUGCGGUUUAAUCCUAACUUGUGGAGUUUUGACGAAAACCCAAACUGAUCUGGGACCUGCAUCAUUGAACAGGUCAUGGGUAGGUUUGUACUUGAAGGACACCUGAAUUGGGCACAUUUACAGACUGGGAGAGGGAUAGGCAGAGUUAAAAGAUGCAACUGGGAAUUACUUGAUCUCUGUGACCAAUCAUUUGACCGACCAUCACAUGCAUCACGAGGCGAGCGUCCUCUUAGAUCCGGCCUCCACUCUUCCUUCUUUCCACUGUUCUGUUAUUCUGAAAAACGGCUCAUUUUGUAUCCAACUGUUUCACUCCAGACUCCUGUUCAACAUGAGUAGUGACAGUAGUUAUGGGACCAGGUCACCAAAUUUUACAGAUGGCUGAUAUGUUCUGUCAAUCUAAGAUUGAAUAUAUAAAUGGAAUCUUGUUUCAAAAAAGUAUAAAGUAAGUAUAGGUAAAACAUUCAGCCAAAUGUUUGUUUAAAAAAAUGCAUCAUGACAACAAAACAAAAAAAAAAUCAGAAAUGAUUAGUGUUUAAGUGUAAAAAGUAGCGUUUAGUUAGAGGCAUGAGAGUCAAUGGGCAUUUCAGUCAUUUUAACAAAAGAAAAAUGAAGGCUCGCCGUUGUUACUGUUGUUUCUUUUACGAGAAUGAUAAAAAAAAUACUAUCAUGACAUAUUUACUAUAAAAAAAGUGCUGUGCAGUCUGGUUUUUGCUAUGCAUAGUUUGGUUAGUGUAGUGUUCUUCAUUUAAGACUGAUAACAUGAAACUGCAGCAGUUUGCAGAUGAGAUGUUGUAUAUGCUGUAUAUACACUUCACUGUUUAGAACCAUGCUUCCAGUCAAAUCCACCCACCUUCAUGCACUGAAACUCAUGUAUAGAACAAAUGCAUAACAGAGAGGGAAACGUAUUUUUUGAAGAGAGAAUCCUGUAACCUGUGUUGUGAAAAUAUUGUCACAUAAACGUUGAUGGUGCUCCAUAAGUAUUUGUCAUUUUUAAGUAAUUGAUGCUCUGCGUGUUUUUUUUUUUUUUUAUAUAUUGUGGAGCAUUAAAAACUUUUUUUUUUCUUAACACAUUUUUCAUUACACUAGUAGUGACUGGAACUUCCUGGUAUUUGCUUCACCUUUGGCAAACCAUCAUUGCUGGUUGAUGUAAAAGGAUUUGCCAGUGUGGGAGUCUAGUUGGGUUGAAUUCUUUAGCAUGCGGCAAAAAUGUAUUUAUGCCGUUCUCGAUGUUAUACGAAGUUCUCUGGCGACUGCUCAAAGCGGUUUAUUUAAACAUGUUUAACACUCCAACGAAAGGUUUCUUUAAUCUGGUGUCAAAUUUAAAGUUCUAGACAUAUUUGGUUCAGAUUUGGUCAUUUUGAUUCUUGCUUUGUUGUUUUUUUAGGAUCAUUUCAGACUUUUUUCACGUUAGCUGAAUUAAAAAAAGUCAUUUCAAUUUUAAAGCAUUUUCGUAAAAUCAUAUAGAGGAGGUGAUUAAGGCCUUUGUUCUCAUCUGGACGUACAGCCAACAGGAGGCAAAGUGCUCUGCAGAAAUGAUGGUGUUUUUGUUUACAGCACAUGAGAAUCCCAUCAAAUCCUGAAUAUUCAACUGUGGAAGAAGGUGUGGAUGUCUGUUCUUCAACUGCAACUAUUAUCAAAUACAGAUGAAGUUCGCAACAAAAGUCAUGCUUCAUGUUUGGAGCCUUAAAUGACCUCCGCUGCUGUAACACAGCUGCAGGUUCAUCCCACGCUUGAAUAAAAGACGUUCUACUGUUAUUGACCUUAACCCUAAAAAUGCUUUCGGUGGUUUACUGAAUAUGGGAUUGUUUUCUUACAUUACAGUGUAAAUAUUUCAUUGAUCCUCUCAUUUUGUUUUUACAGUGGUUGAACAAAACUUGUUUAAAAGUGACUUGAGGAGGAAAAAAAAGAGCAAUCCGAUUUUAACCAAUGAAUGAAAAAAAAUGUCCCUCACUGAUGUCCUGAUAUGUUUUAUUAAUGUUUUUUUGGUUGUUAUUUCUUUUUUUUAAAUAAGUUUUAAAAUGUUUGUCCUUUCUUGCUUUGCUGAACUUAUUACAUUCUUUUUUUGUUUUGUAUUUUUUUUUACAUUUUUGCUUAGUCUGCACUCUCACAUGUGGCUUCAUUGUUUUUCUGUUUUGCUCCACAAAAUCUCCUGAAUUCAGUUUAGUUCAUGAAUAUCAAGUCUCUACUGGAAGAUUCAAUAAAACUGUUUAAAUAAUGGUAA